AUGGAGUAUUUUGAUUUCGAAGGCGCCUCGUCUGCCCAUGACUCUAACCAACUAGGCGACGAUGUCGCUUCGACUGAUAUUGAACUCGAUGAAGCCGAAGAACAGACAGCUAACUUUCACUCACUGGUUCACGAUCAGACAUUGGAUUUUCCCACUGAAUCGGCGCCGGAGCAGUCCGAAGUGAAUGUUUCACAAGCCACUGACCCCGUCGGGGUCGACGGGGUUUACCCCAUGUUCCGUGCCCAAGAACCAUGCGACUAUUUCCGGCUAAGGGGACUGGACUGUUUUGUCGCAAAGCGCGCGCCUGGCAAGUUCCUCCAGACAUUACAUAGCGUGUCCGAGAAUGCCUACGUUCCUACAGGUAGCCUGACUGGAAAAAUAGCGUUGAAAUCAUUUUCAUACAACACAUAUCCCAAUGACCCAGAUUUACGCUCUCAAAAAAGCGGUGCUCGAUUCUCGCGCAAGGCAACCAGCAUCCUGAAGGGCUGGCCGAGGGACCACAAUGAGAACCCUUAUCCUACCGAACAAGAGAGAGAAAAACUGAAACAACACAGUGGUUUAACUCGGACGCAAAUUGCCAAUUGGCUUGCCAAUGCGAGGCGACGCGGCAAAGUUCGUUCGUCGCCCGGGGGCAGUUCUCCCGUUCCAGGAGCUGUGUAUAUCCCCAUGAAGGAAUCCGUCAACAUAUCCCUCAUGACUCCUCUUGAACGUUGGAAGUACUCUCCUCCCGAAAACGAACCGGCUACGAUCAGCGAUAUUACCCGUGCCCUGGCCAAUCCUCCAUUCGAUCCAUCCCGUCCACGCGGGGCCCCGUCGAGUCACCGGCACGAGAAGUCCAUGCAUUUAAUCCUGGACAAAUGGACCUGCUCCCCUCACGGCGGUACAAUUGAACAGAACGGUAUACCUCUUUGUGUCUUCUGCUUGGCAGCUAGUCCAGACGAUGAACACCUAGAAACUCACAACUUCAUCAGUUGCCAAGAGAAGGCAGUGCAAGAGAGAACAUUCUACCGGAAGGAUCAUCUCAACCAACACCUCCGCUUGAUGCACAAUGCCAAGUUUCAACCAUGCAUGGAGAAAUGGCAAAGCAGCAUUACAGAUAUCAAAUCCCGAUGUGGAUUCUGUGGCUCCGUCUUCCAGAAAUGGAAAGAUCGAGUGGACCAUUUGGCCGGUCACUUCAAAAAUGGAGCUAGCAUGGCUCAAUGGCAAGGAGAUUGGGGCUUUGAUCCCCAGAUUCAAGCUCGGGUCGAAAACGCCAUUCCACCGUACAUGAUUGACUAUGAAUGGCGGUCCCCUGAUCCCUGGGCUACUGAGCAAGCUAAGGGAGAUGGCACCGCACUUGGGCUUCCUGUUCCUACGGAUAUCAAUUGUUACCAUCGGCUUUCUCGCGAACUCACCACAUACAUCCAUGAUCAAAAGGCACAAGGUCGUGUACCAUCAGAUCAAAUGAUACAAGCUGAGGCUCGCCGUGUCAUCUAUGGAUGUGAUGAUCCUUGGAACCAGACUUGCGCAGAUAACAUUGUUUGGCUGAGUGUCCUCAAGCGCGAUUGUGGACUACAGACUACUGUGAACAACGACAGCAUCCAAUUUGCCGAUCUUGGCAUGCAGCCUCCAUUCGCUAUCAAUGGCGGCCUCCGAGCUGCACCCCGGGAGAUCAAUACACUAGCGCGAACAGUAUUUCAAGGGGCCCCCGUCCACAGUCCUGCCAUCUCUAACCCGAGCCUGCGCGGUCAUGGCUUUCCUGGCACUGGCUUCUCUUCUGCCGGGCCCAGCCGACCGGGGAGUUUAUCAGGCAGUUACGCUGGCAGUGCAGGGAUGGUGUCAGCUGGUCCUGAUCUGUCCUUCUCGGAUUGGGCUAGUAGUCUUCCGACCACUGAAUCUGCCCCGGGGGAAAGCACAGCUGACUCUCUGGUACAAAUGGGAUUUGACCCAGAAUUCCUACAACGACUGAAUGACAGCUACGGUGAAAUCAAUCCGGAUGAUUUGGAAGGCUUGCAUCUAGAUCGCGCCGAUGGCCAAAAAAGCCCCGAAGAACAAGGAUGGCCAAAUAAAGACUUACUUGGUCCGCCCACCGCCUCAUCUCUGCUGGGUGAUGUGUCUGCUUCAGAUCCGGUAGCUCUUCUCAAUUCCAAAGUGGGCCACCCUCCUGCAUCGAAUGCCACCCAUGAUGAUACGCCAGGAUACUUUGGCAAUCGCAAAUUUUGA